UUUGGUCAAAAAGCUAUUAGUUCUUUAGAAAAGUGUGUUAAUUUGGAAAAUUCGGGGGAGAAAUUGUUUGGUGGUUUGAUACGCUCGCUUGAUUGGGGGUUUGAAUCAAUGUGCUUUUUAAACUUCUUAUUUGAUUUCAAAUUGUAUGUUAAUUUAAUCUUUAGUGAGUGAUGAUUUAUGAGUUUCCGAGUUUGGGCGAUACACUGUUUCUAAAUAAAAUCUGGAUUCUGUUAUGGCUUUGGCAUUUGGGACUCCACUGUCAUCAUAUUCCAUGUUUCCUACUAUUAUUCAAUUGUAGUUUCUAGAUUUAAUUGAAGAUAUGUAAUAUUAGAAGCAUUUACUAUUUAGUUUAGCAGGUAUGAUUUCACUUCUUCUUGUAUUCUAGCUAGUUAUAGAUAUUAUAGUGAGAAUCCUGCUAGAGAAGUGUAUUAACGUAGAAAUGCUCUGCUUUCCCGGGUACUAUUGGCCCCAUCGUUAAUGUAGUACUACUAUUUUGUUAUAAGAGAUGUUAUUAUUCUGCAUCAUAAUGAUGAUAUAAGAGGCGUAAAUGGAAACUUCAUAGAUAAUUUGGAUGGAUGCUUUUGCACAUGUUGAGACAAUAAACAUGAUGUUCAUGUAAUUGGACACACAUGUAGCUUUUUAUUGUUCAUGUAGUCUGAUGUCUAUGUAACUUGACUUUGUAGUUCUGUUUAGGGAGAAGAUUGCAACCUGAUGACAUAUUGAUGAAGCCUAUAAAGGUACUAAAAGUGAUGAGGAGCCAGUUGCCUUCAAGAAGAUGCAUGGUUUUUCCACAAUUGAUGGCUUUGUGGAGAUGAACGAAAAAUUGGCAGACAUGUUAAAAUUCGUGGCGAACGAGCCCUCUGUGGGGCUUUAUUAUAUCCAGCACCACACUCAGAAUGUAACUCCCAACAUUCUCGAUCUCAAGAACAAAGUCUCUGAAAAAUCACGUGAGACAGCUUUGCAUACAGAAGAUCUUGACGAUUCCAUGACAAUGUUGAAGUCGAUGAAGGAAUGUGGUAUUCCGGUUGCAGAUGAAAUGCUCAGAGAUAUAAAAAAAUCCCUUUCCAUCAUAUCGGCCAAGCAGCCAAAAAGAGGGCUAAUGUAUAGCUCCAACACCGGCUUUCUUGCAAGAACAAGCUCCUGGUCUCCAGCCUCGUGGGGUCGUAUUCCGCAGCAGGAUGGCAGCAGGAGCCCUGGUUACCUGUCCAGUGCUUUUAAGUCGGUGACACGACGAGCUCAGAGAUUCAACCGGUCACAGUCGGGCUUUGAUGAAGCGUUUGAGUCCAAGAACAGGAAGCGUCCUUCGGAUAUUGGCCCUGCAGUCGCCACCACAUCAGGUAGUAGGCCUUAUGGAAUGGUAGCAGAGCAAGAGACUUUGGAUUCACCGUCGUCAAAUGAGAAUGGCAGGGAACUGCAAGAAGAGUCGCAGCUGAGUAAGAGCCUGUCUCAUCAGCAUUUUCUGUCGUUGUAUGAGAACUACGACGAGUUCAAGGCUGAUCGGGAAGCGAAACUAGAAGAAUGGUUGGGAGGGGCAGGUGGUGCUGAGGAUCAAAGAAGGGGAAAGAAAUGGGAUAGAUAAGGUUUAGUUUAGUUCAGCAGGAGGAGUUGGUCCCAUGGCCACCAUUUUUUUAAUUGUGUUCUUGUUUUUCUUAUGAGAUUGAAACUUUGAAUUAAUGCUAAUAAUGCACAUUUUCUGGUUGAUAAAUAAUUAUGUGAA